GGGACGGCGCGCACGUGGAAACCGGGCUCGCUUCGCUCUCUCUCUCCGCGUUCUCCGGACGCACGACCGGUGCUAUUCCCUGCCUGCCAUGGUCGAGUUCGAGGUGCACCGCGCACGGCUCUUCGCCUUUGUGCCGUCCGGGAUCCGGUGCGUGGCUGUGUCCCGCCCUUCUCACCACCGCCUGGCCGUGGGCCGCCUCGACGGCUCCCUCGAGAUCUACGACCUGCAGGCCAACAUGUUCCAGGAGAAGGUCAUUGCUGGCCACGAGACAAGGAUCCCAGAGGCGCUCUGCUGGGCAGCAGGAGACCGGCUUUUUGGUGCAGGUCUCAGUGGGGACAUUGUUGAAUACAACUUGGAGAAGCUGAAUGUCAAAUAUUCAUUAGAUGCUUUUGGAGGUCCUAUCUGGAGCAUGGUGGCUGAUCCAACUGGGACUCAAUUGGCGCUUGGUUGUGAUGAUGGAUCCAUUAAGCUCUUCAACACCUUACCAGAUAGAAUCGAGUUUGAGAGGCAGCUGGACCGACAGAAAGGACGCAUUCUGUCCCUUUCCUGGCAUCCAUCAGGGACCAAGAUUGCAGCUGGCUCCACUAACAUCAUCCGUGUCUUUGAUGUCAAAUCAGGCCAUGCUGUCCAGCGGAUCCUCGUGAACCGGUGCUUCAAAGGGUCCCGCAAGCAGUCACCUGUGGUGGUGUGGGACGUACUCUUCCUUUCGGAUGGCACAAUUGUCAGCGCGGACUCUGAUGGGAGGGUGCAGUUCUGGGACUCGGAGAUGGGGACGCUGCUGUGGAGCCACCCUGUCAGCAAGUCAGCCGUGCUUUGCCUGGCUGGGUCUGAGGCAGAAGACAGUAUUGUGGUUGGCACUUCGGAGGGGAAGGUGUAUCAGUUCCAGCUGCUACCUGUUAAGCUGGACAGUGCUGAGCUCCAGUGGGUGAGAACAAGGCCCUUUCAUCACCACACCCAUGAUGUGCGGACAGUAGCACAUCUUGCAACAACAUUCAUCUCUGGAGGUCUGGACGGGGAACUUGUGAUCCGACAAUUCAUGGAGAAUUUGGAUUCCAAGUCUUAUGCAUCUACCCUCCAGAGAGUCACCUUCCCUCACAGGUGCCUUGUCUCCUGUGCCCGGACAGCCCGCCUCCUCCUCUUCCAAUACCCGAAACAUCUGGAGCUUUGGCGACUUGGAGCCACCAACACAGCAGGAAAGGCUGGUGAAGUCCUGCCUGUGUCCUGUCCCCCAGAACACCUUCUCCAGCUCAAGGCCAAGGACCCUGAGCACAUUGCCAGCAGCUGUGUCUCACCCUGUGGCUCCUGGAUUGCCUACUCCACAACUUCCAGGUUCUAUCUGCACCAGGUCCAGCUCAGCAGCAACCACAUUGCUAUCAAGAGGGUUGCUAAGAUUCCAAAGGGGAUUCACUCAGCCCACCACCUCCUUUUCUCUGCGGACUCCACCAGGCUCUUUGUAGCAUCGGACCAAGGUUCUGUGCAUGUCCUCAAGCUCUUGCAGUCAGGAGUCUGCAAAUACCUGCACAUCCUCCGCCCCAGCUCAGAGACAUCGGAAGCUGCAUACCUGCUGGCAGCUAGUGCCAACGGCCAGUGGUUAGCUGCAGCUAGUGGAGAUCGGGCAAUCAACAUCUACAACUUGGAAGAUGCCAAGCCUCAUUGCACGGUGCCUGCAUAUGACUGCCCGGUGACUGCCUUGGCCAUUCACCCAGUGACCAAUAAUGUUGUGAUCGUCCACUCAGAUCAGCAGAUGUUUGAGUUCAGCAUCACCAACAAAGAAUACACCCCCUGGAGCCGGAAGGUGCAUCAGCUCGGGCUGCCCAAUGAGUGGCAGGAGCGGGAGACACCCAUCACCCACAUUGCCUUCAGUCCCCGGCAGGCCUCCCACAUCCUGCUGCAUGACACAUUCAUGUUCUGCAUCCUGGAUAAGUCCAAGUCGCUGCCUGAGAACUCUGCCUUCUUGAAUGACCAGCAGGCACAGCUCUCCAAGACUGCUCACCGUGGCUCCAGGCCCGCCUUCAAGUUCUGCAAAAAGUACCAGCCUUUGCUGUUUGUGGACCUGUUGGAUAAGAAUUGCCUGGUGGUGGUGGAGCGGUCUCUGGCAGACAUCAAGGUGCAGCUGCCCCCGCCUGUCUAUCUGAAGAAGUUUGGCACGUAAAGGCACCUGUCCCAGCCCUGCCAUGGCUGUGGCUGUUCCAUGCAAGGACUGUCAAGCAGGAAAAGAGCAAAAACCUGCAAGGCGGCAGUGUUGCCCUCCCAACUGCGAUAGUCCAGGGAAGCAACAGCUCAGGUGGGCUGAAAGCAUCCACUCCUCCUCCUCCUCCUCCGAUCCAAAGCAAGUGAAUGAGUGGAGAGACAACCAGCAGGUCUUGGAGACCCGGCCAACUCCCAUGCCUCCUUCCUCCUCCCCUCCUCUGGGCCCUUGAGCUCGCUCCCUUCCUCCGCAGCGUUAUCAGUCUGACGAAGUUGGCUUUGACCUUGGGAUCUAGGCUGGAAUGAAUGUUCUUCGCUGUCAAUGAUUAACCUCCAAGAUACCAGCAAAGACUCCACAGGUAGCUUUGAACCUGAGUGGGUGGAAGUCAGCAGAAGGGGCCAGGCUGCUAUGGAAGAGACUCGUCUGCUGGUGCCUUUGUUUGUCCCUUUUUAAUAAUAAAGAGUACUUGGCAUUUGUA